UGUGAGGGUUUUGAUCAUCCACACAUCUUAAUUAUAUUAGUACCAAAAAAACAAAACAAAAGAUCGAACUUUUGAGCUAAUGACUAUGGCGAAAAUACAUCCGAAUCCUUUAAAGAAAUGCAGCAGCAGUAGUAACACUAGUAGUACUUUCUCGGAAAAAGAAGUAUACACUUUGUGGAUGAAAUCUCUAGUCUUCCAUGGAAAUGGUUGCACUGUCUUUAAUUCAAGAGGCGCCGUGGUUUUCCGAGUGGAUAAUUACCAGAAAAGAUGCAGCAGAAGAGUCAUUCUCAUGGAUUCCAAUGGAAAAAUUCUCUUCUCUAUAAAUAGAAAGAAAAUGAGGAUUUGUGGGUGCUGGGAAGGCUUCGAAUGGGCUGAAAACUCAUCGGCCAAGAAGGCGUGCUUUCGAGUGUCAAGAAAUUGCAACACAUUCUUGAGCAGAGGCAUUUCUUUGAGAGUUGAUUUCGCGAAACACGGCGAAGAUGGAAUUAGGUACAAGAGAUGUUACAGAAUUGUAGGAUUGGAAGGGAAGUCUGCACUGAAGAUUAUGGAUUUCGAAGAUCAUCUUGUAGCAGAGGCAGUGCAGAAGCAGUCAGCAGAGGGGGUUUCUUUGGGAGAAGAUGUGCUGACAUUAAUGGUGGAACCACAGGCUGAUCAGUCACUGGUUAUGGCGCUUGUUACAGUCUAUGGCCUCAUCAACAAGAAGAUUUAAUUCCAGAUUCAUGUCUUCCUUCUGUGUAUAUAUAUGUAUGUAUUAUAUCCUCGUUUUUGUUUUUAUUUUUUAUUUUUUUGACUGAAAAGUAUGACAGUUUUGUGCUCUAUAUGAGCCCUAAUUAUGUUAUAGGAAAAUUUUGUGAUGCUAUGUUGAUUUGAAUCCUUAAUUU